AUGAUGUUUGGAACUCGGAAGGAUCGACCUUUGGAAGGACAAAUUUUGGAUGGUGAGGAAUUAGGGGUUGUGAAGAUUCUCAUGAAGAUCCGUACAAAGAGUCCCACAAGAUUUAGCCAUAGAGGGUUGAGAGAUCGCUUCACCAAAUUAUCGAAGCAAGAAAGAUUGGGUAAUUCAAAUGAAAUCAGCUGUCCGAUAUAUGGGUUACGUCGACCCACAAUAGACCUUAGUUGGUAUCCAUCCAUCACGUGCAGCAGAACGACUGAUACCAGCUAUCAACGUUCUCCUGAUUCCACACUUUCAGCACUGGAUCGCCCUCUUUUGUGCACUUUGUUGUUCCACCUCUAUUUUCUGUCGGUGGGUGUCCUUGGGUCAUCAACAGUGCAAGCCCCCACCAUUCUGCCUUUGGACGACGAUGCUAUUGAAAAUGGCAAGCAGAUAUCUCUUUCUCGUCAGAAUCUCCUUCCUCCUUUUGUUUUCUCGGAAGGAAAGGAAAGUAAUGCAAUUAAAAAGUUAUGCAAGACAUAG